UCAAGUGGACACAUACAAAGACACUGAAGAAAAAAAAAAACUUCAAAAAGUUGGAAUUAGAAGAGAAAAAUGGCUAGUGGGGGAGGGUAUGGUGAUCCAAACCAGAAGAUUGACUACGUUUUCAAGGUAGUUUUAAUCGGUGAUUCUGCGGUGGGUAAGUCUCAGAUUCUUGCUCGGUUUGCUAGAAAUGAGUUCAGUUUAGAUUCCAAGGCUACCAUUGGAGUUGAGUUUCAGACUAGAACUCUUGUUAUUGAACAUAAGAGUGUCAAAGCUCAGAUCUGGGAUACUGCUGGUCAAGAACGAUACAGAGCUGUUACGAGCGCAUACUAUAGGGGUGCUGUUGGGGCAAUGCUGGUUUAUGAUAUAUCGAAACGCCAGACCUUCGAUCACAUUCCACGUUGGCUUGAAGAGUUGCGUGGCCAUGCUGACAAGAACAUUGUUAUCAUUCUGAUCGGGAACAAGAGUGACCUCGAAAACCAACGAGCAGUCUCAACGGAGGAUGCAAAAGAAUUUGCUCAAAAGGAAGGACUAUUUUUCUUGGAGACCUCAGCUCUGGAAGCUACUAAUGUGGAGGUUGCCUUCUUAACCGUGCUCAACGAGAUCUUCAACAUUGUGAACAAGAAGAACCUAGUUGCUGCUGAGAAUCAAGGGAACGACAACCCUGCUACACUAGCGGGCAAGAAGAUCGUUGUUCCGGGUCCAGCUCAAGAUAUUCCAGCGAAGAACAACAUGUGCUGUAGGUCAUAAUUUAAUCGGAUUUGUCCAGUAAUAUCGAUUCCUUUCUUCUUUCACAUUCAUGAUAGCAAUUUUUUUUGGUGUGGUAUAUCUAUUUGUAUAUUUAACAUUGCAUUAGUUUAGUUUGCAAGAGAAGGCUAAUUAAUUGCAUGUUUUGAGUUGGGAAAAUAGAGAACCAAAAUUUGAAGCAGAAUUGUAAAUUGCUUCAAUGUUGUUUCUUAAAAUUAUAUAUUGGAUCCAUUUAUCCUAUUGAAGAUCACUUUUGUCUUUGAA